AUGAGAGUCACCAUCAAACCUUCUUCCAUGGUCAAACCAGCUGAACCAACAUGGUCGGGUAGGCUAGCCCUCUCGGAGUUGGAUCAGACCGGUAUGACCACCCACGUCCCAACCAUCUACUUCUACACACAGCCCUCCGACGACUGGAACACUGUUCUACAAACCCUAAUAACUUCCCUCACCACCACACUUGUUCAUUUCUACCCUUUAGCCGGUCGACUAUCUUCCAUCGCCGGUGGUCGUCUGGAGCUUGACUGCAACUCCGCCGGUGUACAGUUAACUGAAGCUUAUGCUGACAUUAAACUAGUUGACCUAGAUGAUUUGUUGGAGUCUCCAAUGAUAAACAAACUCAUUCCUUCAGUAGAUUAUCGUCAAACACCCCUUGAAGAUACCCCAUUGUUGCUUUUGCAGGUUACAAGAUUUUGUUGUGGAAGUUGGUCUCUAGGGUUUUGUAUAUCCCAUGUUGUUGUUGACGGGCAAAGCGCUUUGCAUUUUCUCUCAGAAUGGGCUAGGGUUUGUCGCGGUGGGUUAGUGGCAUCACCACCCUAUCUUGACAGAAAAAUUUUACGUGCUGGUGAGUCUCCGAUAACGACAUGUUCGAGUAUCCAUCAAUAUGGACAAUUUAUUCCUCCUCCGAUCCUUAUAGGUCAAUCAAGCAACAAGAAUGAAAGAAGGAAGAAGACCACAGUAGCAAUGAUGAAAUUAACCGAAACCCUUGUUACGAAACUGCGAAAUAAAGCUAACCAAAGUCGAAAAAAUGAAGGCGGCCAUUGUUUUACCCGUUACGAGGCUGUAACUGCGCACACAUGGCGAACAGCAUGCAUGAUUCGUAAUCAUGAAUCAGAGCAGCCAACUGCAAUAGGCAUCUGUAUCGAUGUUCGAAGCAAGAUGAAGCCGCCAUUGCCGGAAAAGUACUUUGGAAACGCCAUUAUUGACGUGAUCGCCACUGGAACUUCCGGUGAGAUAGUUUCAAAGUCAUUAGGGUAUGUUUCGAGUAAAAUAAAAGAAGCGAUCGAGAAGGUGAAUGAUGAGUAUGUGAGCUCAAUGAUUGAUUUCUUGAAGAACCAAGAAGACUUAUCAAAGUUUCAAGAUUUGCAAUGGAUUAGGGACGAUGGAGGGCCAUUUUACGGCAACCCGAAUCUGGGGGUGAUAAGCUGGUUAACACUACCGAUGCAUGGUGUGGAUUUUGGCUGGGGAAAGGAAUUGUUUACAGGACCAGGAACAGGAGACGCCGUUGAUGGUGAUUUCUUGAUUCUUCGUGGGGAAGAAGCAAGUGGGUCUCUGGUUGUAGCGUCAUGUUUACAGGUGAGACACAUGGAGGAUUUUAAAAGGGUGUUCUAUCAAAGUAUAGAAGAUUGA